AUGGCCUCCUCAACUGUGACGAUUUACAACGCUUUUGCUUCAGACCGUGCCAUCGGUAAUCCAGCUGGAGUCAUCGUCCUCCCCGCAAGUGAUGCCACCCAGUACAAUCCGAACGCAGAGUUCCCAUAUGAGAUAUUCCCACCAGCUUCAAAUCUUCAGGAGAUUGCCACGAAGCUAAACUAUCCCAUGAUAGCUUUCGCAGUCCCUCUUAACCCAUCCAAUAAGGAUACUCCUCGCUUCGCUGUCCGCUGGUUCAACCCUUCCAAUGAAGCACCACUCUGCGGCCAUGCAACCCUUGCCUUAUCUCAGCACCUGUUCAGUACUUUGCCAAAUCCGCCUCAGACGCUGAGGUAUCUGACCAGGCUUCAUGGAAUUGUCUCUGCGUCGCUGUACCGGAGUCCCUUUGAGGAUACUAAGCUUGUGGGCAUUGAGUUCCCGGAACUCCUCGAUCUUCCUACUGUGAGGCAAAAGGAUAAUAGGUGGGGAGAGCUGAGGAAGCUGUUUGAGCAAGCAACUGGAUCGCAGUGGGAAGGUCGUAGCGAGCCUGUUGGUUUGUUUGAAGCAGAUCAGUAUCUGAUGUUGGAAUAUACCCCAGAGCUUGAUCUGAGGGGCCUGAUUAUUGAUCCAAGGAAAUUGGCUUCGCUUAACAAAUUCAUCUACAUCUUCCAAAUCUCAACAGCAUCGUCAGAGCACAUUCACACUCGUGUGGUCAAUGUGAUUGGUGACCACAUCGCAGAGGAUGUCGCGACGGGUUCUGCUCACCGAGCUAUCAUUCCCCAUGUUUUGUCAAACGCUGAGACUACCGCACGACUUAGGCAGUAUCACCCUGACUUCAGUGGAAACAUAUUAAAAUGCUUUCAGCAGUCCAGAGACGGCGGCGAGUUGACUGUUGAGUGGCUUCGAGAUGUAAAGGCUGUGAGGAUUAUGGGCAAAGCGGUACAAGUCGGUGAAGACAAUGUUCAGAUUUGA